GUUAAAUGCGCACGCGCACUAUCGUGCGUAGUCCUUUGCAGAGCUUCAUGUGUACGUUUUCGGCUGCUGGUUAACUCAAGAACUCCUCUAGCCGGCAGAAAGCCAUCUUGGACAUUUCUUGCGUGACGUGCUGGCGUCAGUUCGUUCUCCGAGUGCUAGAGAACGUCGUGUCUACGCUUUCCUUCCCAUCGCUAUAAACUUGAUCAAACUCUACGAUGGGGGAUUUGACAAAGACGUUCCUCUACGCGUGGUGUGGGAAGAAUAAGGUAACACCUCAGUACGAGUUCAAGAACACCGGACCGAGACAUCGUCAAAGGUUCCUGUGUGAGGUUCGUGUGGAAGGCUACGAUUAUGUCGGAGCCGGAAAUUCGACGAACAAGAAAGACGCCCAAACAAAUGCGGCGAGAGAUUUCUUGCAGUAUCUUGUUCGCAAUGGCCUCAUUUCGCAGGGCGAGGUGCCGGUUGAAAUCCCGACGGGUGGCCCGCCUGCAGCGUCAGAAAACUCGAACGAUCCGUCUUUUCAGUCGCGAAAUUACAGCGAACCCAAGCAAAUCUUGCCUUAUGAGCAAGGGCCGCCCGUGUCCUACCUGGACAGGCUUGCUGAAAAGCGUAGGCUGGAGGAGGCUGAAGACCUCGACAUGAACUCCGGCAUCCACGGAAACUGGACGAUUGACAAUGCAAAGUCGAGGCUCCAUCAAUUUAUGCAGAUGAACAAGAUUAAUGCAGAUUACACAUACAGUGAAAUUGGGCCCAGUCACAAUAAGAGUUUCAUUGCAGAGAUGGCCAUCUUCGUACGAAAGCUCAACAUGAAGGUCCACGCUCGGGAACAGGGGUCGAACAAGCAGAUUGCUUCGAAGUCCUGCGCCCUUUCCCUGGUGCGCCAGCUCUUUCACCUGGGCGCCAUCGACGCGUACACUGGCGUCACCAAGAAGAAGACCGAGAGCAAGCUGGAACCGUAUGAAGUGACCGUGAGACCGGAAAUCGCAGAGGAGCUUCAAGCAACCAUCGAUGCACUCAACCUUGAAGUCGUUACUGUUCCCCAGGGCGAAGUGCCGCAGGAGCCGUUCUCGCUCAGGGUUCCCCGCCACCUGGAAGGGGAGCAGGUGGUGUCGCAGCCGGUGCCCGGCGGGGUGGUGCCCUGGUCGCCCCCACAACCCAACUGGAACCCCUGGACUUCGUGCAACAUUGACGAGGGUCCCAUGGCCACGCUGACUCUUCCGCAAAUCAGCGAGAACAUCCUGAGCUCGUACAAUGAGCAGGUCGACCACGACGCUAAGCUGAAAAAGAUGCUGGACGAGCGCUACCAGCUCCCGGUGUACAACUCCUACGACAGCAUUCUGGACGCCAUCCAUCAUUCUCCCAUCGUCAUCAUCCGAGGGGCCACAGGUUGCGGAAAGACAACCCAGGUGCCCCAGUACAUCCUCGACUCUUACAUCAAUCAGGGCAUUGGUGCCGAAUGUUGCAUCGUUGUGACUCAGCCACGGAGAAUUAGUGCAGUCUCCGUAGCUGAGCGAAUCGCAGAGGAACGCUCUGAAGAACUUGGUCAGAGUGCUGGGUACAGCGUGCGGUUUGAGUCAGUGCUCCCGCGUCCUUACGGCUCCAUCCUAUUCUGCACCGUUGGUGUUCUUCUGAGAAAGCUGGAGGCAGGCCUGAGAGGAGUCUCGCACGUCAUUGUUGAUGAAAUUCACGAGAGGGAUGUGAAUACCGACUUCAUCAUGGUAGUGAUCCGAGACAUGAUCCGGGCCUUCCCUCAGCUGCGGGUGGUCCUCAUGUCUGCCACAAUCGACGUCACCCUCUUCCAAGCCUACUUUGACAACUGUCCCGUUAUCGAAGUGGAAGGAAGGGCACACCCAGUUCAGGAGUACUUUUUGGAGGACUGCAUUGAGCUCGUCAACUUCGUGACUCCACCAAACACGAAGAAACGCAGGAGGGACGAGGACGAAGGCAUCGAGACUGACGAGCCAGAGGAGAACCUGAACAAGGUGAUUGAUCCCAGCUACAAGCAGUCCACUCGGCUGGCAAUGUCUCAGCUCGAUGAGAAGACCCUCUCCUUUGAGCUGAUUGAGGCCCUGCUGCUGCACAUCAAGACGCUGCCGGAGAAGGGGGCCGUGCUGAUAUUCCUGCCCGGCUGGAACCUGAUCUUUGCCCUGAUGCGGCACCUGCAGCAGCACCCCACCUUCGGCACCUCCCAGUACCUCAUCCUGCCCUUGCACUCUCAGGUGCCCCGUGAGGAGCAACACCGGGUCUUCAGGCCGGUCGGGGAUAACGUCACCAAGGUUAUUCUUUCGACCAACAUUGCAGAAACGAGCAUCACCAUCAAUGACGUUGUCUAUGUCAUCGACUCAUGCAAGGCCAAGAUGAAGCUGUUCACGUCCCACAACAACAUGACCAACUACGCCACGGUAUUUGCAUCCAAGACGAACCUGGAACAACGGCGUGGUCGCGCAGGACGCGUCAGGCCAGGGCACUGCUACCACCUGUGUAGCAGGGCACGCUAUGAAAAGCUGGACAACUACACCACUCCGGAGAUCUUCAGAACCCCCCUUCACGAACUGGCUCUGGCCAUCAAGCUUCUGCGCCUGGGCGACAUCAGCAAGUUCCUCGCCAAGGCACUGGAGCCUCCACCCCUGGAUGCAGUGAUUGAGUCGGAGGUCCUUCUCAGAGAAAUGGGUGCCCUCACGGUCUACGGGGAACUGACGCCUCUGGGGAAGAUCCUGGCCAGACUGCCAAUUGAGCCUCGCCUCGGCAAAAUGCUCAUCCUGGGGCUCAUUUUCGGGGCCGGCGACGCGCUGUGCACCAUCUCUGCCAACAGCAGCACAUUCCCGGAGCCCUUCGACACGCCGUUCCCCAAGCGGCUGGGCUACGUGCACCGGCGCUUCUUUGGCGGCCGCUGGAGCGACCACAUCACCCUGCUGAACGUGUUUGGCCAGUGGGAGGAGGCCCACAUGCGGGGAGAGUAUGCAGAGUCCGGCUUCUGCGAGCAGUUCUCCAUCUCCAUGCCCACCCUGCGCAUCACCUACGACGCCAAGAACCAGAUAAAGGAGUUGCUGAUGGGUGCUGGCUUCCCGGAGUUGAGCGUGGCUCCAGAGGCGUACAACUUCAACGGUCCGGACCCAAGGCUGGACAUAAUGGUGGCCCUGCUGGUGAUGGGCCACUACCCGAACAUCUGCUACCACAAGGAGAAGCGUAAGGUGCUGACGACAGACAGCCGGGCAGCCCUGAUCCACAAGACCUCUGUGAACUGCACCAACCUGCCAGCCAAGUUCCCCAGCCCUUUCUUUGUGUUUGGGGAGAAGAUUCGCACAAGGGCUGUGUCGUGCAAGCAAAUGACCAUGAUCUCUCCACUCCACAUCCUGCUGUUCGGUUGCAAGCGGGUCGAACUGGUCGGCGACACCGUUCAAGUCGACGGCUGGAUCAACCUGAAGAUGGACCCCCAGGUUGCGGCCAACGUGCUGGCGCUGCAGCAGUCAGUAGACAACCUCAUCACCGACGUCACGGCCGACCCCGAGCUCCUGUCUCAGCCUUCGGAAGAUUUCUCGAGGGUCGUGGACGUUGUGAAGAAACUCUGCAAGUUUGAUGCCGCCCAAGUGGGAGCCGACAAUGCAGACAUCACCGAAGCGUUCGGUGGGAACGGUCCACCUGCGAGGAAGAUGCCCCGCCUGAGCAACGUGGGAGGCAGCUUCGGUGACCGGGGUGGCUUCAGAGGCGGCUUCCGGGGCGGCUCCAGGGGCGGCUUUGGCGGCGAAGGCAGAGGCGACUUCAGAGGCGGCUUCAGGGGUGGUUUCAGGGGUGGCUUCAGGGGUGCCAGCGGAGGCUAUGCAGGUGGCGGCGGAGGCUAUGGGGGUGGUGGCUACGGCAGUGGCAACGGUCGCGGGAGUGGCGGCUACGGCAGCGGCAACGGUCGCGGGGGUGGCGGCUACGGCAGCGGUCGCGGUGGUGGUUUUGGCCGCGGUGGCGGUGGCUAUGGUCGUGGUGGCUACGGCGGUGACAACAGCUGGAGGGGUGGCUCCAACAGCGGCUACGGAUCCGGUGGUUGGGGCAACUCAAGGGGUGGGGGGGGUGGUUACCAGACGAGCUAUAGUGGCUUUUAACUAGGGGAUGCCUGUUUUGUCGCGCAUCGACAGGUGUGGGAUGAUGCUUUGUCUAUCUUUUUCACCUGUGCACUACAUUUUCAGAAACUUGGGUGUAUUGCUAUUGUUCUCGUGUGUGGCCCGCCCCUUGUCAAAUGCACUGUGUUGUAUUUUCAUUUCAUUAAGCAUUGCUGUAUUCUAGCGGAAUAAAAAAGGGUUCGCAAAAACAAA